AUUGAGACCAACAAGACUGAUAACCGCGAAAAGGAAAAACUAUACUGGGCUAACCAAGAGAAGUUCCACGAAGAUGUUGACAAGCAUUACUGGAAAGCUAUUGCAGAGCUAAUCCCGCGUGAGGUUCCCAACAUCGAGAAGAAGAGAGGGAAAAAGGAUCCGGACAAGAAACCAUCAGUGAAUGUUAUCCAAGGUCCUAAACCUGGGAAGCCAACUGAUCUAGGGAGAAUGAGGCAGAUAUUCUUGAAGCUCAAGACUAAUCCCCCACCCCACAUGAUGCCACCUCCUCCUCCAGCCAAAGAUGCCAAAGAUGGCAAAGAUGCAAAAGAUGCCAAAGAUGGGAAGGAUGCAAAAGGAGGAAAAGACGCCAAGAACCUAAAAGAUGGGAAACCUGCGGAUCCAAAGGCCACAGAGGAAAAACCUGCUUCACCUGCCAAAGACGCAAGUGUUGAAAUAGCUAAACCUGAGGUUGCUGCCUCAGGAGAGGGAGAAAAACAUGUGGCUGAGGCUGAGGCUGAGGGAGCCAAGGCAGAGUGAAAAAGGGUCUUUAGUAUUACUGUUGUGGGGAGUAUUUGAUAUUGAAGUCACAAUAGCUGCGGGCGAAAUAAGAAGGGGUAAGUCAUGCGCACAUAGACGCUCUAGUGGGGGCUAUCUGUGGGCACAAUUUCCUCUUUCUGGAGAGAGAAUUUUAGUCCUUUUGUGUUGGUUAUUAUUUUUUAUUUACCAUUAUAUUUGUUCUGCAAAAUUUGGUUUUUUGUCUUGGAUGAUGUUCACUUUAAAAUUAUUUUGGUUCCACGUGUGUCAUUUAUAAGACUUUAAGAAGUAAAGGUUGUUGGAUGAAUCAUUGGAUUGUAUGAAUGAAUGUGGACAUAAUGUGGUUGAGAGGGUC